UAGUGCUUCGUAUUCUGAACAUUUAAAGAGACCAAAUUGUCGAGUAUUUUAAAUUUGUCCCGAAACUUCGCCAUGUCAAAAUAGACGCGGCGUUUAGCGAUUUAUUAUCUCCUUUCUAUGCGGAAAGCCCGGGCCUAAUGGGUGGGACAGAUGUCCCGGACGUUGUUUGUUUUGAGUCAUGCCAACUCGAUGCACCAGGUCUUCAUCUCUCGCUCUUCCCCCCGUUCCGCAGCGGCUCUCUCCAGUGGACCAACCUACAAGCGCUGACCCUCCAUUCCCUCUCUUCCGACUUCGAGAUGCUCUUAGACACCAUAACCAUGCCCAACUUGGAUCGGUUCAGCCUAGUCUUAGACAAAGACUACAAGUUCGACAUCUCCCUGUUUCUUUCCCUUCUCUCCCUUGUUGAGCGCUCCGAAUGCAAGCUUAGCGCGUUCACUCUGGACAUGACAUAUUGUCGUGGGGAACACGUCCAGUCACACAUAGAGAAACUUGAAUAUGAAAAUGAGCUACGGGAGUUUUUGGAAGCGAUUCCUUCGAUUACGGAGCUUCGGGUCAUCGCGCCACUAGGCUCGGGGUGUAGACAUUGUGGUCAUAUAUUACCGUUAGUGAUCGAGUGGCUCCUCGUCUUGAGUAACGAUGAUCCGAGUAUGAUACUCCCCCAUCUGAGGAACCUGGAGUUUGUCUGGGCAGCUUUGACGACUCGGAAUGUGAUGCCGCUCAGGUCUAUGGUGGAGAGUCGGGUGGAGGAACGUGUUAUGUUUGGAGAUGGAGAAGACGGGGAAGCGAGUGGAGACGUAAGUGUGGGCGGGUUUGGAGAUGACAUUAGCAUGGGUGAUGCUUCUUCCGAGACGAGUGUUCUUUCGAGUGAGGGCGACAGCGGUGAUCCUGUUGUUGUCAGCGCUCUUCGGUCUCUCGUUAUGGAAUCACGAGGAGAAAUAGAUGUGGACAAUUUCCUGUGGGAGUGGAUGAAGGAUGUAAGAACUCGAGGGAUGGUCGUGUAUCUACGGUAGUCUUUACUUUCUUGUUCUCUUGUCGCAUGUUGAUUUACUUUUUCAUUGGUACACUAUGACUUAAAGAUAAUAAUUGCAUCAUACGAACUGUAUAGUAUACGUCCUUCGUAACUGAUGCGUUCUUACAAAAUAACCGUACUUUCUGUCCAUCAUUGAAUAGCCACUAGGGAUCGUCUUUGCCUGGUUCCUCGGCGCGAUUCACCACUCG